CUUCCAGCCAAAGGUUUAACCUUUACGAUUUUGCUGUUUGUUACUUUUCAAUUUCCCAAAUUCAAUUGCAAAAAAUCACUCGUUAAUCCGGAUUAGGUUUGCAAAAUUAUUGUCAGGUGUCUGUUAGUCCUCCAUUGUUGCUUUCUUACGCCAGCGCAAGCUCUGGAUCUGGUGAGUGAUACCCUAAUCCCUCUGUCUUUCUCUCCGUUUGUUUCUUUCCAUUUCAAGGUUCACUCCGAUUCCCAUUAGUUUUCUCUCGUUUUCUGGGCGACCAAUCAGCUUUCUUUUUUAGUUUACUGCAAGAUCCGGUUGAGUUGUGGUCAUGGAAGUGAGGAACCCAUGAAAGAAUUAAGUCAAAUGUGAGUGAACAUUAACUCGAGUUUCUUUGACUUGUUUGAAUUUUUUUCUUGUUUCUGGUUCUCCUCUGACCCAAAGCUACUGUUUUCUGCGUUGAUCUGGAGAUCUAAUUGGAUCUGAUAACUGGGUUUUCCACAUUGUAGAAAACCCAUGAAGGAAUCCGAUUUAAGCACUGAGCCAAUAGGGCAAAACAUCAUAAAACUGAUAAGCAAUCUGUGUUUCUCAGUGUUUGUGUUCUCAGUGCUGAUAUUUACUGUAAUUGCCAUCACCUAUCAACCCCCAGAUCCCUGGCUGGAAUCAGCUCCAGCUAUUACGAAGCUUCUGACUCAAUCUGAAAAUGCCACCUUCAAGAAUGACAAUUCUAUCCUCAAAACUGGUGAGGAUUUACAGUUGGUGCCUGCCCCGGCAGUGCCGCCGGCCCUGGCCGUGAUUCCAAUUACUGAAACAGUGAUUGAGAAAUCAGAAGAGAAUAUCGGUAAUUUGUCCCUAUGGUCCUCAGACUGUGAGGAGUUAAGGGUUGUUAAUUGUUCGGACCCGCGAGUUCUGAUUGCAGUUGAGAAGUUUAAUUUGAAAAUUUUCAAGUCUAUUGUGUUUUUGGAGUAUCAAACUCCAGUUAAUGGUUCGAAGCCAGAUGAGUGUGAUGUGGCUUGGAGGUUUAGGAACAAAAAGGAGAAGUCCUGGAGGCGGUAUAGGGAUUUUAGGAGGUUUAAGUUUGGAUUUGGAGAAAAUUGUACCUAUAAAGUGGUGUUUGCCAGUGGAUGGCAUACAGGUGUCAAUGCUCGGCGACCUAGGAUGAACUCUACAAAAACCGGUGGACAUGCCAAGAUUGCUCCACCAAUUCCUGAUCCCGAGAUCAAUGACACAAUCCCAAGUUUGGGAUCAGAAAUGAACUUUAGAAAGGGAAGGUACUUGUAUUACUCUCGUGGUGGUGAUUACUGCAAGGGAAUGAAUCAUUAUCUAUGGAGUUACUUGUGUGGCUUGGGGGAGGCUAUUUAUUUGAAUCGGACAUUUGUGAUGGAUUUGAGUGUAUGCUUGUCUGCUACCUACAAUCCAAGCAAUAAGGAUGAGGAUGGAAAGGAUUUCAGAUUUUAUUUUGAUUUUGAACAUCUUAAGGAAGUCGUACCAAUUGUGGAGGACCGUGAGUUCUUGAGAGAUUGGAAGAAGUGGGAUCGGACCCAUAAAAGGAAAGUACCAGUUAAGAAGGUUAAGACUUAUAAGGUGACGCCAAUGCAACUUAUGAAGGAUAAAAGCACGAUUUUAUGGAGGCAGUUUGAUGCUCCUGAGCCUGAUAACUAUUGGUAUAGAGUGUGUGAAGGGGAAGCAGCAAAGUACAUCCAAAGGCCAUGGCAUGCACUGUGGAAAUCUAAGAGGUUGAUGAAUAUAGUUUCAGAGAUUAGUGGAAGAAUGGACUGGGAUUUUGAUGCAGUUCAUGUGGUUAGAGGAGAGAAGGCACAGAACAAGGAGCUUUGGCCACAUUUGGAUGCUGAUACAUCACCAGAUGCACUCCUAGCGAAGCUUAAAGAAAUUAUCCAGCCUUGGAGGAAUUUAUACAUUGCCACAAAUGAACCAUUCUAUAAUUAUUUUGAUAAACUGAGAUCUCAGUACAAGGUUCACUUGCUUGAAGACUACAAGGAAUUAUGGAGUAAUACAAGUGAGUGGUACAAUGAGACAAUGCUUCUAAACAAUGGAAGGCCAGUUGAGUUUGAUGGAUACAUGAGAGUUGCUGUGGAUACUGAGGUCCUCUACAGGGCAAAGACACGAGUAGAAACAUUUUAUAAUUUGACCAAGGACUGCAAGGAUGGUGUUAAUACUUGCUGACCAGUGCUAAUCUGCUGCAAAAUGAGCAUGCAAAUGGAAAUAUGGUCCAACGGCAGACUAGGUAAAUUGAAAUCAGAGAGUACUAGCCCUUGAUUUCUGUUUAUCAGUAACUGGAGUUCGGCUUCCAAAGCAUAAUCGAAUUCGAAUCUGUUAAGACUAGCAGUGUCAAAUAUCAGAGUCAUCUUACAGAGCAUCGGAGUGUAUGGUUUUCUUUUCUUCCUUUGCCCAUCCGGUGUCAUCAAUACUUAUAUAGAUUAUAGAGAUAGUACAACAACAAUUAAAAUCCUUAAAAUUCCUUUUCUGUUUGCUGGGAUCUGAAGUGAGUUGAAAAAAAGAGACAGGUGCUAUGAGUUUACUA